CUUGCAAAUAGUCAAGCGUGAACUUGAUACAAUAUCAAAGGGUCACUACACAUACCACAAGUCAGCAGAAGAAGAAAACAUUGUGCGUGAAAUAAUAGGUUCUAACAACUUUAGCCUGCACUGGAGCAAGGCAGACUUUGUGUACCUUCCUCUGAAUACUGGACAUCAUUGGGUCUUGUUAGUGCUUGAUAUCAAGCAGAGAAAAGUAAGGGUGUACAACUCCAAUGCCAGAAAAGGUGAUUCACUGAGGGAUAUCAGAUCCUAUAUUCCAAGCAUAACAGUGCUCCUACCCAAACUAAUGGAUUAUCAUCAAGUGUACGCAUUGAUGGGUGAAGAGCCUAUGGGCGAAAGGUUUUUGGAAGUCGAGCCUGUAGAAGAAUGUCCACAGCAAGAUGAUGGGGGAAACUGUGGAAUGUACAUGUUGAAGAUUGCAGAAUUUCUAAUGAUAGGGAUGGACAUGGAUGCCAUAUAUCCUGAAGCAAUACCAUUCUUUAGGCAAAAAAUGGCAACUGAGUUGAUACUAUAUAGCGAGAGAAGGCAGUGUCAGAAAGAAUGAAGUGAUGCUUUAGAGACAAUGAUGCUUUUGUUGGAAGACUAUUUCAUAUGUACUAGUACUUUUAAUAUCAUGGCAUGACAUCAAGUACAUUUGUUUGGGAACUUAUGCUUAUCCUUUCUUAUUAUUUUCGAAC